AUUGUUGGUAAAUCUGUUAAUUUAGGAUUCUCUAAAAUUUCUGUGGUGAAAGAGAAUCAUGUUUUAGGUUAACUAAGCUACAGAAUUUUGGUGAAAAUUAACUGCCAUUGAAAAUUUCCACCCAAGGCACUGAAGUGAACUUUACAGCUAUUUAGUCACUAUAAUUGCCAGUCAUUAUUAUUAAGGCAUUGCUAAGCAACUGAAACAGUUCAAAUGAGUUACAAUUGUCAAAGCAUAAACACAUUAACUUGCUAGCAAUUCCUUUUGGGCAAGUCUUUAACAAAUGACAGACAUACUCUAUGUGUAUGUGUGUACAUUUAUAAAAACCAAUAUGGAUACAUCCAUUCACUGUUUCACAUUUUAAAAUAUUCUAGCAGUGAGUAGAUUAAAGUGUCUUGGGUGUGGCAUUGUAUGGAGGACUUCGUAGUUGGUAUAUCCAAGAAUUUUUAAAGUUGAUUAUAUCUAAAAUUGUCCCCAUGCCCUUUGCAGCUAACCACAAAGCUAAUGGGAGAGAACCCAGUUUUAACUUCUCUGAAAAGUUAUGAUGUCUGUGUGUGUGUGUAAAUGAGUCAACAUUUUUUAAGUUACUAAGUGCAGCAUUUUAAAGGCUGCUUGGAAACUACUAACCUUAAUGACUCAUCACUCAAGCUUUCUGGAUGCUGCCAUUCAUUCGCUGUUCUUUACAAGUCUAUUUGAAACAUCUGAUAAAAGCAAAGUCACUUUAUUGAAUUAAGGUACUCUUUUUGGUUGUGAAAUAUACUAGAGUCCAGUUUAGCCAGGAUAGUAAGAACCAUCCACAUUCUUUUCAACCAGUUUAAGAAAUGAUACACCCUUUGAAAAGUCCUGUGGGUAUCUAAUUUGCUACAUCUGGAUCAUUGAAGGUGACUGGACAAUUUUGUUUAGUUGUGUUUUUAAUACCCAGCGUUACUAGUAUCCAUGAUCCUGACCGACUACUAAUUCAGCCUCCAGAUAAAUUAAAUUUUUUUUAAGUGAAAUGUAGCAUAAAUUUAAAACGAGGACCAUUCAUGUUCCUCAUUUUUCUUUAACCACCCUGGGUAGCAACCUCUCGACACUCCUAGUGGAGUUCACAAGGUUCUGAGAGCAGGAAGAUACCAACUUCAUUUUCCAGGCUUGUGAUUGCUUACUAGCUAGGAGAAGCCGCAGAGUCCUACAGUGACGCUCAGCACUGUGGCGCCUCCCGUGUUCUGUGGCUGUUGGCACGUAGGCUGGGCGGGCCCAGGGAUGACGCGCACAAACGAGCCCCUGAGGUCUGGGCCUGUGUGUGAGGCCUUCCUGCCCAGCUGGGCGACGGCGCGGGGAAUGGAGAGGGGGAAAGCCAAGGCUAAAGAGAGGAGACAGACUACGGAGAAAGACAACUUUCCGGGAAAAGCAAAGGAGGAGAGAGUCCAAGAAGAGAAGGAAAAGGGACGAGAGAGGGAGAAGGAAGAGAAAAGGAAAGGGGAGGGAAGAAGGAAAGAGCGGGAGACGGAGAAAGGGGGGGAACGACCUAAGGAGAAGGGCAACCGCGCCCAGACUAAGCCCCUGCUGGAGCCGCGGGAGAAAAAUAAGCGGAUCCUAGUGUUGGGUCUGGAUGGAGCAGGAAAGACCAGUGUUCUCCAUUCUCUAGCUUUAAACAGAGUCCAGCAUAGUGAGGCUCCCACCCAAGGUUUCAAUGCAAUAUGCAUCAAUACUGAAGACGGCCAAAUGGAGUUCCUGGAGAUUGGUGGCGGUGAACCUUUCUGUUCCUAUUGGGAAAUGUACCUGUCUAGGGGAUUGCUGCUGAUCUUUGUGGUGGAUUCAGCAGAUCACAACAGAUUACCUGAAGCCAAGAAAUAUCUUCAUCAAUUAAUUGAAACAAACCAUCCUUUGGUUGUGUUUGCAAACAAGCAGGAUCUUGAAGCAGCCUAUCAUAUUACAGAUAUCCAUGAAGCUUUGGCAUUAUCUGAGGUGGGAAAUGACAGGAAGAUGUUCUUGUUUGGGACUCAGGUGACUGAGAAUGGCUCAGAGAUACCUUCUGUCAUGCAAGAUGCCGAAGAUUUGAUUGCACAGCUGGCUGCAGAUAUGCAGCGACCAAGCCCAGGCCCACUGUACAACUCAUGAUCUAAGUGUCACAAGGCAGGGUUGAGUGGCAGGCUUGAAGCUAAAGGUUUCCACUUCCAAAUAAAAAAUAAGUCAUUUCCUAUUUUCUCAAUGCAUGGCACAUAGACAAAGAUAAUGUUAAUUAAGAGUAUCUCUUUAGGUUUUGACCUUUAAAAAUAUUGGUAAGACAAUGUACUUGGAUUUUUAAUCAACAAAAUUAAAGUGAACAUUAGCAAGCAUUCAUCCCAUUUGUAGUUUUACAGUUACAUAGGAUUUCUAUUAAAAUAUUUUAAUAAACUUUUCUCUUUUCUAAAUAUCCAGAUGACUUUCCUUUAAGGGGAUCUGUUUAGCACUGUAGGGAAAGAAAUAUCAGGGUAGGGCAUUGAAAAAAGUAAGCACUACUAGACCCAUAUAGAAAUAUAAAUUAACAGUAUUCAGAAGGAUUUAGGAAAGGCUUCUCUUUUAGGAACCUGUUAGGUGAGGAACAUUGUGGUAAUUUGCCUUUUAAAUCCUUGACAUUUUUCUUUUAUAUAUACAUAAGCUUUCUUCACUAGAAAUUUUUGUAAGAGCGGUAGUUCUGUUUACCUACAGACACAACAUAAAUACAACUUCUAAACCUUAGUAUCUUGUCUUGAUUUAAAAAAAAAAAGGACAUUCAGUUUCCAGUCUAAAAUAUAAGAACCUUUGAAGCUGUCACUCCAUCCUAACAAGUAAAAAGCCAAACACACUGAAAAAUCAACAACUCUUCUAGGAUCCAUAAGAGAGGGGAGGACACAGGGCGAACUGCUGUCCCAGGACUGUAGAGACCAACAAGAGAAUAUAGUUGACCCUUGAACAACAUGGGUUUGAAGUGUGUGGGUCCACUUAUACAUGGAUAGUUUUCAAUAAAUAUAUUGGAAAAAAUUUUGGAGGUUUACAACAA